CGAAAAGCACAUUUUCUUAGCGCCUCUUUUAAUCUUUUUUAAAAAGAUAAUUUUGUAUUGAUAUAAGAAUAUACACACAGGCCAACUAAAUUCACAACCUAAUCAAUACAAUAUUUGAUUUAUUGUACAAUAUACAAUAUACUGAUGAUCAUGUUCGGAUUUUUGAUAUUCUUGCAGGGAAUCCAACAAAAACGGUGCGCUGAUGGAUAAAGAGUUCCUCAAAAGAAACUCAUUACUCACUGAUCUCUUCGACAUCCCGCAUAUUCGCACGGUUUACAAUCUAUUUAUGUUGACUUUCAUAGUUCUCUUUUUUAACACUAUCGUAUGCGAUAUCAUGGAGUUUGGAAGCCUCCCUCCAAAAAUUAUGGGAUUACAGCUGGCUCUCAAUAUUUAUAUUGUAUCAAAUUCUCUUUAUUAUUUUUUCUAUUAAGGCGAUGCUUGGCGCGAAUCUUGCCAUGUGUUGUAGAAUGAUUGUUGUAAUGGAACAAGUACGCAUGAUAAUGAAGAGUUACGCUUUCGUCAGAAGCGUAGCACCUAGAUUUUUGUCAUAUAAACCUCACAGCGAAACUCCGCCACCGAAUGAGCCCAAAUUUUCACAAUAUUUGUAUUUCUUUUUCGCACCGACUCUUGUGUAUCGCGAUGAAUAUCCCAGAACAGAAAGAGUUAGAUGGAUGGUGGUAAUUCGUAAUUUAGUGGAAUUUGCCCUAACGAUCUUCUAUCUCACCUUUAUCUGGGAAAGUCUGGUGUCACCUAUCUAUCGCGUAUUUGGCACACAAUAUCUGGAUCGGAUGUGGUUAGUCAAGAAUAUCAUCAAGACUUCUAUUUCUGGCAUUCUCUACUUAGCCACCUCUAAUUAUCUCCUGCUUCACACGUGGAUGAACGCUUGGGCGGAAAUGUUGCAAUUUGCCGACCGAUUGUUUUAUAAAGACUGGUGGAACAGUACGACUUACCAUAUGUACUUCCGCACAUGGAACGUGAUAGUGUACGACUGGCUGUACACGUAUAUCUAUAAGGACAUGUAUGAAAUCGUGGUGCCAUAUCGCAUGUUGUCAGCUACUACUGUAUUCUUCACCUCUGCCAUCGUCCACGAAUACAUAUUCGCGUUUGCGUUUGGCUUCUUCUACCCUGUAUUAUUUAUCUUAUUUAUCACUGGUUUUUUCAUAUUUUUCGUUCGCAAAACUAUCAAUAACAAUCUUCUUAUUUGGUUGACCUUGAGCCUUGGCACUAGUAUCCUAUUCAGUCUGCAGACGAUAGAGUUUUAUGCGAGGCUGUUCGCCUCAUCCCAAUUAUUACGUAGACCUGUUUAUACCGCGAAGCUGGAACUGUUAAAAAAUGAUUAAUCUCAUAGAUCUUUCCCAUUUGCAUAAGCAAAUGAUUAAGAUUAUUUAAAAAAUAUGAUAUUUCCGUUCUGCAGUCAGAGACUACUUUUAAGAACUAAAUUAAUACAAGUUUGUGUUAAAUUGAACAGAGCAGAAAUUUGUUUGUUGACACAAUUGGCAAUAAUAGGAUUAGUGAGGAUUUAGAUUCAAUUGCUAAUAAAGGAUAAUUCAUUCAUUGAAAAUGCACAAUCUUAAUUUAGUUUUUAAAACUUUUUUUUUAAUAAAAUGAAAGUAACUGUAACUUUUCUCCAAAAGAGCAUCUUUACUGAACCGUUGGGUAGAAUCUAAAUACAUAAUAUAUCUAGAUACACAUAUGAAAAUACAUUUUGUGUAUCUAAAACUAUAUCUGAGAUACAUUCGAAUUGGAAUAUCUGUGACUAGAUACAAAAUACUGCAAUAUCUAAACUGUUUUUCAGAUACACUUUCACGUACUAUUUUCUGCCUCUAGUAAGAAAUUUAUAUUUAUGUUCCUUUUGAAAAUUAUUUUUGAUCUAAUUAUUAUUCGAUCGAUGAAUUAAUGCCUUUGUGAGCCACUGACUCUCGGUGUGAAAUAUUUCCUUUAUUUAAUCUCUCAUACAAAAUCCAUACAUUUCGAUCCUUUUCAAUGUCAGAAUUUACAUUAGCGAAAUUAUUGUGUUUCCUGAUACACUAUACAAUAGUAAAUGAAAACAUUACAAUAUAUUACUAACAAAAGCAGAAUAUUAAUUUAAUACUUAAAUUAAAAGGUCUUUUGAUUUACGAGCGAUUUUUUAGGAUUUCUUUUGGAGAGGAACGAUUAGCUUUCUUCUAAUUAUUUAUAAUUAAGUGGACAAAGAUUUAUCGGAUAAAACUGGUUUAAUUCAAUAAAGAAUAUGGACAGAUAAAUACAACUAUCUUAUCAUUUCUAUCGGAACAAAAGUCAACAGCGUGUUUGUUUUUUAUAAACAGUCGUCGUUAAGAGAUGCCCAUGACCAUGUGCUCGCCUGCGAUGCGCCGAGAGUGAACGAGCUCCUUAUCACACUUGUUUCAAGCGACCGAAAAUGCUUUCUCUGCAAUUUGCAGCCGUUCGGCACUGAUCGCCGAACGAAAGUGCAUGAAGCAGAGGCUAUAGGCGUGUCGUACGGAACAGCAUUUAAUAUUUUGCAUGAUAACUUGGGAAUGAAAAAGCUGUCGGCCUGAUGGCCGCGAUUGUUCACAAUGCACCGGCUCACUUCUCCGCAGCCGCCACAGCCAAAUUGGUCGAAUUGCGCUACGAAUUGCUGUCGCAUCCACCGUACUCUCUGGAUUUAGCCCCCUGUGACUUCUUCUUGUUUCUAAACUUGAAAAAAUGGCUCGGUGGAAAAAAAUUCACGUCUAAUAAGGUCAUCGUCGAAACAGAAGCUUAUUUUGCAGAGUUCGACAAAUCGUAUUUUUCUGAGGGGUUAAAAAAAUGGCAGAAGCGUUGGAAAAAGUGUAUCCUCCUAAAAGGGGAUUACAUUGAGAAAUAAAAAAGUUUUGUGAAAA